AACCACAAUGACCCUUUUCCAAGUUUAAAUGACUGUUUUACCCUUUUCCAGAGAAGACUGAAACGCCAUUAUUAACGGUCAAGAAAAAAAGAAGAAGAAAAUCCACCACCAUCAAUCUCAAUCAUCAGUGAGACCCAGCCACGGCCAUGGCUACCACUUGUACUGCUCUGAGUGUGGCGUCCAUGGCAGGAGGCGCACGCGCAUGCUUAUUUUCUCAUCUCCCCCGCACGCUAGCAAAAACCAAUAUUAGUACAAGUAUUGUUUCCUCAAAAUGGAUUUAUUCCUCGAAAAUGGGUCUUAAUCCUCUGCAACGCGAGUGCGCGAUAAACAAAACUGUACCUACUAGGAAGCUUCAAGUUCGUGCUGCUAGAACCGAGUCACAAGGUGUCUCCUUAGGGUUUAGAGCUCCCAGUUUCGAGUUGCCAGAGCCUCUAACUGGGAAAACUUGGAAACUUGAAGAUUUUGAGCCGUAUCCUGCUUUACUGGUUAUGUUUAUCUGCAAUCACUGCCCAUUCGUUAAACACUUGAAGAAGGAUAUAGUGAAGCUCACAAAUUUUUAUAUGAAGAAAGGACUUGCAGUUGUAGCUAUAUCUUCAAACUCAGUAGCUACUCAUCCACAGGAUGGACCAGAGUUGAUGGCAGAGGACGCCAAAAUACUUAAUUACCCUUUCCCUUAUUUAUAUGAUGAGUGUUUUCGUAGGCACCUCCUGUUUCUCCCAAGAGAGACUAAAGAAGAAAUGAACGCACAAUUACAAGAGUUGCAAGAAGUAGCUCGAGACUUUGGAGCAGUUUGUACACCAGAGUUCUUCCUAUUUAAAAAGGAUGGACGGAGACCAUUUGAGCUGGUGUAUCAUGGCCAAUAUGAUGAUUCCAGACCCAGUAAUAAUGUGCCUAUCACUGGAAGGGACUUAAGUCUUGCAAUUGACUGUGUUCUUAGUGGCCAACCAGUAUCACCAGUUCAGAAACCCAGUGUUGGAUGCGGCGUAAAAUGGCAUCCUGGGGCGAAGUAACCUUCCAUGUUGGGUUUCAGGAUCAUAAUCCAGAAGCCUGAAUUUUGUUCUAUGGUAUGCUAUGUCUCCUUUCUGAGAAUUCAUAAUCAUUGUGAUAUUGAUAGCCUAUUAUCGAUUAUUCUACAGCAUCAUGAAUUUUUUCUGUCGCGGCUGCUGUUUCUUUGUUAUUCCCUCCAGUGUUCUAAUUCAUCUUUGGAGUCUUCCAAGAGCAGGACCGCACGGUUAAGUUUUAACAUGAGUUAUUGUAUUGAGAUAUGUAUGUAAUAUGAUUUCAUGACUUAUGUAGGUUCACAUUCCUAUACUUUUAUUUUGAUGGCAAAAUGGAAAGGGAAAAUUCCGGUGUC